AUGUUAACAAAAGAUAAGAUAGAAGUGAGAGGUAGAGAGCAAACUUGUUCAUUUCGUCAUUGUUAUAAAGAUGCAAAUAAUGUUAGAAAUUGGUGGGUAGUUAGAAAACUACCAGGUAGUAAUCAUUAUAUCUACUUUGAUGAUACAGGUGCUAUUGAAGGUGGUUCAGUGUACAGUGAAAGAUUAUCCUUUCUAGUAUCUAGAUUAGGUGAUCAAGGUACUGAAUACUUUGCAUUUAAUAAUAAACCUUAUUACAAUGACUUUGUUGUUCAAGAUGAUACUCCUCCAAGUUAUGGAGAGAUUGCUCCACAAGUCGUAAAACAACUAAUUCAGAGGACUGAAUCGCUCAAAUCCCUUUCCAAGGGUAUCGUAUCGUACAGUACAUCAAGUAGAUCAGGUUACUAUUUAAAGCAUUCGUUACAAGGAUUCCCAGUGCCUAUUAGACCAACUACAGAAUCACCAUCAUCGUCAGCAUCGGUCAAGACACCACUCACACAUCCAAAUGAAUGGUUACCAACAGACUUUGUAACCGAUCCCAAGGAGAUAGAUACUACUAGUCUUUCGUACGGACACAUCUUUAUCUGUCAAUCGUUUGAUAAUAUCGAUACAAGUCAAAUUGCUAAAGCAUUGGAUGCAGCCGAUCCAUACAUUUAUGCUACCAACAUUGUAGAUAGUGCCUCUAGAUCGUUGCUUUCACCUUUAUUUAUCGAAAAUAGAGUACCUGCAAGCACGUCCACUUCAUCUGACGGUAGAAUUAAAUCAUCUUCAAGUAUUACAUCUCUUUGGCAAUCAACAGCUUCAACUUUAAGUUUAAGUUUAACUUUACCUUUAAAAUAUAAAAUGAAUGGAAUUAAAAAUAUUAUUGAAGUAAAGAUUCCAAAUAGAUUUUCUGAGGUGUUUGGUAUUCCAGUUGGUUCAUCACAAUUCUCAUCAAAUCGAGAGAUGAAUAGUAUUGCAUUCUCGGAUUCCAAUAUUUUGGAAAGUAGUACACUUUGUGUUGGUGAUUUUGGUUAUGCAACCACUCAACCAGGUACCAUUUUUAUGCGUAUGUGUACAAACAAGUUUGUUGUUUCGGCUGAUGGCCAAGAACAGGUGGUUACAUCACACACCACAUUCAACGGGCCUUUGUUGAUUGACACGAGCCGUGUUGAGAAUACUAAACCAACACCACCAAGUUACACAAUACAAUACUACCAAUCAUUGUCGAGUGUUGGCAAUCUCUUGCCACAUACUGCCUACUCUCAUCUUCCAACUGACAUGCUGUCUGUUGGUUGUAAUAGACAGUGUCUCAAUAGUUUUAUGGAAGGUAUGACGCAGAGUACUGAUGAAAAUGGGUUUAUUGAAUACUCUGAAUCACGUCCUCAAACAAUCCAAGUUCACCUCACUUCAACAAUGGCAGGUUCGGUCCCAGUCGCAGUCGUCACACAAGACCAAUCCCAUAAGAUCAUUCCAUUUAACCAGUACAGGGGUGGUCUCUUCCCAAGCCAAGAUACUGAUAACAAUAUUGUACUUGUCUAUCGUACACUCCAAAUGCUUGCCGAUAUUGUCGACCAACAAAUCAUUCGAGAAGGAUCAAUCACUACUCUGGAUGACUUGUCAGUUGUCUUGUCUAUUGACCAAUCCUCCUCUAAAAAUGUUGGUAUACUCAACGGUCUAACCAACACACCAAUCAACCUUGACUCUCCAUGCGUGGAAGAGGUAUUACGUGCAUUCUCCAAUGCACUCAUCAAAUCAGCAUCCAACAAUCAACUAUACGAUCUUGGAUCUGCAACACUAUUCCCUACACCAUCCACCAUGCAUUCGGAAUCAUCAAAUAAUUACGUCGCAUUUUAUCGUGGUCUUGUUAAUGCCAUGUCGGUUACUCUUGGUCAACUUGUAUUCCCCACCUCAUCACAGUUGUUAGAUAGUUGUACUGGUAUGCCUGUUGAUAUUGAAAACUAUCAUAACGACCGUGAAGUAUCACCAUCCAAAGGAAUCUACAACGAGGGUUGGGUAACUGCCUAUCUCUAUGAUUUGAUCGAUUUUAAUGAUGACUCUGACCAAAGUACUCUUCCAACGACCCAACAACACCGUCGUGCCCUUUUCGAUGCCAAUUCCGAUCAUCCAGUACCACUCUAUGCCAUCGUCGAAGCUAUCCAAAAGGUUGUACAAGUUUCAACUCAACCAAGUGUCCUUGACUUUACCAAUUCAUUGGUCGCCGUCCUAGAUGCCAGAAAACUUGGACAAGAGAUUGAAUCUAUUGAUACUAUCAUGCAGUACAAUAACAUGUUUUAUGUAUGUCCUUUUGUUGCCAAUGGUCCUCCCUUGCCAAAUGACAGAGACCCAACAUUACAAGAAUUCUUUAUGUCCAAGUUGGUUGGUGAUGCCGAUAUUCAUGCAUUACCAUUGCAACAAAUAGAAACUAUCCUUUCAUUGUGGGCACAAGACGACAACACACCAAUCAUGAAAAAUCAAGCUCUUCAAUAUCUUUAUUCGAGUGCGUUUAAAGCAAUGAUUGGUGAUAGUAAGCUCGUAAAUAUCUUGAAACCUUUUGACCCAUCAAUGUGUCAAUUUGGUUCGUUGGAUCGUCCCAUCACACCACUUGGUAUUCAACUCCUAACCAAGUAUUUGGGAAUGGUGAGAGAUAUUAGAGUCAUCUCUGAACGACAUCUUGGUGGUGUAUUAACGGUUCGAACCUACAAAGAUAUUUCAGUUGUCUUGUUUAAAGAUAAAAUAUGCUCGUUUACGGUAACCAACAACAUUCAUCAGGCCAUCAAUCAAUGUCCAUGCGGCCCAUUGGUCGAAUCAAUUACACCUCUUAGUGGUCCAUUAACUCGAAUCACUCAAUUAACUAUAACUGGUCGUAGUUUGGAGAAUUCCUACUUUAAAGUAGCAGAGGUUGAUUGCAUAUCAAAAUCAAGUUCAAUCGAUCCUGGUCUAGAAACAUUGAUUUGCGAGUUUCCAACAUUUGCCGGUACUCACACCAUAACCUACGGUAGAAACGGUGGAGCUAAUCUUAAUUAUAACCCAGAGACUACGUUUUCAUUCACUGUCGAUUCACCUAAAAUCAAUCGUAUUACACCCAAUUCAAACGUCCCAACAAAUUAUGCCAUGAUAACUAUUUAUGGAAUCAACUUUUUCCCACCACCUUUAACGGGUGAUGUAAUCAAUCGUGAUGGUAUCCAAUUAUUUAUCAAUGAAGAUGAAUUCCUAAUUGAGAGAAUGGAUCAUUUCGAAUCAGAAAAUAUAAUUUAUUUUAAAACUAAUAAUGUUGGUACAACAAAUUUAAUUUCAAUUAUGGUUAAAGGAAAAGAAUCAAAUAUGAUAAAUAUUAGAAUGUCAGCACCUACAAUUUCAUCAAUUAAUAUUUUACCAUUGACAAGUUUACGUACCAAUCCUGUAAAUAUUAAAACACCCAUUACUGUCACAGGAACAAACUUUGGUCUAAAUGAAGAAGAAAUCACUGCAUUUGUUGGUCCAAAUAAAUGUGAUAGUAUAGAGGUUAUAGAUCAUAACUCGUUCAUUUGUAAUGCACCAACUGGAAGAGGUAUGGGUCACAAAGUAAAGGUUCGAAUCGGUGACCAAGAGGUGACUUUUGCCUCUAAAACACUCGAUUACGCCCAACCUUCAAUCUACCAAGUUAUCGUCAAUGGAACCUAUCCAACUGGACCAACCAAAUUUUUCUGGAUUGUCGGAACUGAUUUUGGUACAACUCAGUCAGAUGAAUCUGAAACCAAUGUUUAUUUGAAGCAUCAAGAUCCAAAACUCAACCAACUUCAUACUCAAUCAGCUUAUUGCAAAAAUGCGCAAGAGUUGUGUCAAGAUCUCCCUUUUAUUUAUUAUAAUUCUUUUAGUAGAGAACCUCAAGACGGCGAGGAGGAGGUUUGGGUACCAUCGAAAGAUAUCGUACAAGCCAACAAAGAUGAACCAAAUUUGGAAUGUCUCAUUUGUUAUUUUGGAAGUGCAGUUGGAGCUGGAUGGGAGAUUGAAAGUGUCGAGUUUGAUGGAAGAAAAUCAGUUUUUAAUCAAUCUGCAAAAACAUUGGGACUCCUCCAAGAACUCAAAUAUUCUCUUCCAUUGGUCGACGAGGUACAAUUAAAAGACGAUGUCUUGUUGCCAACGAGAGGUGGUACAAGAAUCAGUCUCAUUUCCGAAGAGGGUGUAUUCCCGCCAAACGAAAUGCUCAACACCGACACCGACCCAGAUACCGGUUCCCCUACUCCAACACAACGUUUUGAAAUUGACUCUACCUAUAGUAAUAUUAAAAUUGGUGAUUUUCAAGUCGAUUAUAAUAACAUUGAUUGGAUAGACUCUAAAACUAUUGACGCAACUUUACCACCUGGAUAUGGUAUCAAUUUAAUUAUUAGAUUAUAUGUUGGUAAACAAUAUGCAGGGAGUAAAAUAUUUAGUUAUGAUCCACCUGAAUUAAUAGAAAAAUAUUAUAAAGGACCAAAUAUUGGAGGAAAUAGAAUUAUUAUUUUAGGAAAUAAUUUCUUACCCAAUCAAUUUUCUUCACAGUUUUCAACACCAACCCCAACAAUGACAGUAAAAAUCAAUUCAAAGCCAUGUCUUUCGGUUGAAUGGAUCGAUUAUGACAAUGUACGUUGUGUGGUACCUCCUGGAGAGGGAUCGGGAUUGCAUAUUAAUGUGGUUGUUGGUGGACAAGAAACUAGAAUUGUCAACGAUUAUUACUCUUAUUAUCGCAACGAACCAGAACCUCCAAGCAUCUGGACCACGAUUUUCAUCACAGUUACAGUGACCACAACCGUCUCUGUUACUGGUGGGCAUAGAUUCUUGACCUACGGAGGUAACGCUGCUAAUUAUAACGGUUACCAACGAAUAGAACAAGAAGAUUUGAAUAAUGGUGAAAGGAGAUGGAUUGAACUAACGAGAUUUGGAUUUGAACGUCACGCUUCUGACUUGUUGCUCACCACACUUGCCGCCGAUGGACCACCUGAACCUGGAACUAUCGUUCUCAGCUUUGUCAUUCCACCUGGUGGUGGUCGAGUUGGGCACAGAUACGUUGAUGGUCUAUUCCGUAGUCCCCUCAACACAUUGGUCUCUUAUAAACCACCCGUCCUGACCAACGCCAAUUUCAUGCAAUUGGGGUACCUCUUACGACUACAAGGUUCCGACUUGGGUCUUCCUCAAUUCCGGGUAGACAUUUCCAUUGAAAUUGGUACUACCAAGUGUUCUCUUCACAGCAUUUCAAGUGAUGCAACCACCGCUACGUGUUACAAUUACAAGACCAUUUGUAAAAAAGAUUUGACGAUUACCAUCACCUACAUGAGACAAACAUCCAACACAUUCCCUAUGCCAAACAACCCAAGUUGUUCCUCUAACCAAGUUGAUAUUCCCAGACCAAAACUCCCAACACUUGUACUGAUCGCCAUGAUCAGUGCUGCCGCCGCUGCUGGUGCUGCAUGUUUUAUUUUUGCACCCCAAUGUUUUGCCGCAGCCACUGGUAUUUCAGGUUUGACAAAGUUAACAUCAACAGCCUUUUCCAUUCUUUUUGGUGUCUUUACAGUUUCACAAUUAACUACUCUCAAUUUACUCAAGGUCCUCACACAAGAAGAGUUUAUUGUUAAUAGGUCAAAGGUAAAAGUUGUAGUUACAAGUGAAAAAGUCGUUAAAACUUAUUAUUCUGGUGAUACCAUUCCAGCCCUCUCUGAUCCAUUUGCCUCUAUUGAAAUUUAUGAUUUAGGAUUAUUUUCAACGGUACCAUUAAUACCACAAGAAGGUAUGCCAAUUUAUUUGGAAUCAAUUUAUUAUACAGUUCCACAAUAUUAUUUAGAUGGAAUGGAAAUGACAUGUUCAAAUGUUGAAGAUAUUACAACUACUCCAUCGACAGUGAUGACUCAAUGUUUGGUACCACCAUAUGUUGGAGGAGACCUUACCAAAGAGGUUGUAGUAAAAUUGGGUGGAGUUGCAAUGGCAGAGACCUAUUCAAUUACCUAUGAAGGAGAAUCAAGACCUCUACCCUAUGUUGAUUAUUUCAAAGGAAGAGUUUAUUAUGAUCAAAACAACAACAAUAUUUUCAACUCUGCUAUUGAUCGUCCAGCUGAAAAGAUUAUUAUUCAAAUCAAACAAGAUUCAACAGUGGUAGCUCAAACAAUGACCAAUAUGGAUGGUUAUUAUUCAUUCCCCAAUGUCGAUGUUACUUCCAUGACACCCAAACCAACUCUCUAUGUAUUGCCAAGCCAACAACAAACAGAACACCAUGUAACCCAACCUCGUCCAUUUAUCAUCCCAAGAAACAACCUCCGAGUAAGGGCAACUUUUUCAGGAACCGAUAUAGCUUUACUUGUAGAGUUACAAGAUUAUGGGUGUCAAGGAACUACAACUACACCACCAUCAGACGGCAUUGCACCAAACGAGAAUGUUGAAUUACAAUACGGUCUUUACCAAUAUACUUAUGGUACUGAUGGUUUGAUUCAUCCAGAAAUGACAUUUGGUUCGCAAUUCCAACAUUGCACGAUGACAUUAUUUGAUAAUUAUUUCUUAAUUGGUUAUAAACAUAGAUAUGAUUAUCAAUUUUAUUUUGAUGCAAACUCAAAUGGUAAGAUGGAUACAUUUGAAACAGAAUUAGAGUAUUAUAUUCCAGGAGCAUUAAUCAAAGCAAUAUCAUCAAAUCAACCAUUUGAGAGAGAUAUAGAGGUUGACAAGGCCACAAGAAAGAUGUGGGUUGAUUUUGCAGCAACUGACAAUCAGUUAUACUUUUCCAACAACAAUAUGCCCAACUACACCAUUGCUCUCAAUGGAUACGGUUUAUUCAUCUCAAAUCCAACAGUUCCGACUCUUUUAACCAUCCCAAUGUUUAUGGAAAAAACACUUGUUUCCAUGUUUGGCAAAAAAAGUAAUGGAUUAGUUACAGACUUUACUCUAUCAUUGCCAUUUGGUAGAUUCACAUCUACCUACUUUGACAAUAUGAGACCAAUAUUUUCAUUUAAUCAAGCCGUCAUAGCACUUGAUUCAAAUGGACCCAUUAUUGUUAAUGUUUUUAAAGAAAGUGAUGGUUCCUUGGUUCGAUCUUAUCCAACAGAGGCAUCAGGUAUUCAAGAAUUUACGAUUCCUUUGGUUGGUCAUACUAUUGAAGUUAUUGAUAAAUCAAUAUUUGAUAAUGCGGUAUUUGCACCAGUUCAAGGAGUGUUCAGACUUGAAAUUAUAGAUAGAUUCAAUAUACAUACAUAUGUCAGAUAUAAAAUGGAUGAUCAUGAUUUACAAUGCCAACGAUUAGCCAAUGCACUAACCGAAUGCUACGGUUUGAUUGAAGAGUUUCGAGAUGUUGCCAUCACGAAAUCAAUAAUAGUUCAACUAGGCAGUAGCGUUCGUUUCUCACAUGAAUAUUUAUUUUUGGUCCCUCCUAAUCCAAAGUUAAAUUAA